AUUUCAGCCCCGGCGCAGCCGCAUCAUCGAACCCGGCAGCGUUGCAGUGAAAGAUGCAGAUUGUUUAGGUGUUGACUGGAGCAGGAUGGUGAAACAUACGUGGCCGUUUUGUUGUGUGUGAUUAAUCGAGAACAACCUCAGAUAGAGUAGAUUAGCCGUAGAAGAGACAGGCCGUUGGGCCCGGCGUAGCGCUGUGUUUUGUCUUAUAUUGCGCGGUUUUCGUGUGGACUGCUAUGUUUAGAGCCCUUUGCUGUUCACUGCACGCCGAAUCAGCACCGGCUCGCUCUCCGGUUAGCUACAAGAACACGACUAUUCCUUUUCACCAGAAUCAUUUUUCAUUCAGAUAAUCGGUCUAUACUGCAGCGCCAAAAUCUUAGCUAGUUCGUUAGCCAGGGCAUUGCUAGCCUAGCACACUGUGGUAGCCGUUGUCAGCGAACCGGCAAGUGUGCUAACAUCACACAGCACUGUAACGCUUGAGUAAUAGCCUUCUGUAUUUAAUUUAGAUAGCAUUGGCUUUAUUUCAGAUCAUAUAUAACAGUCGUACAUGUGCAGAUUUGUCAAUUGACCCCAUUAGCAGCUAUAGUUCUUGGCUUUUGUGCAGCGGUUAUAAUGCAAAUAUACACCUGGUUAUUGUUUUUUUUAAUGGCAGAAUUUUGUUUACUGCACUCAAACGUCCAAAGUCUCUUUAUGUCGCCAUGGAAGACACUUGCUCAUUCACACAUUCUUUAUCUGCUCACUGUGAAAUAAAUAAAAGUACAUUUACCUCAGUUGGUCAUUUUAUUUUCAUACUUUGUUUCCAGAAAUCACAUGUCACACUUGAGUCGUGCAUUUUAAAACAAACACUGCACAGUGUGUGUUUUUCACUAACAAAUUAUGCUAUCAUUUUCUUUAACAGCAAUAUAAUAUAAGUUACACACAAAGUUUGACAUUUAAUCAGUUUGAUUUUGCCUCAAAUAUGUGAAAUUGGUUAAGUGUCAACUUUUAUUAGCAACUGGUAUGACAGCUUUAUUGUGAUAACCUAAUUGUGUGUGUUGUGUAAGUGAUUUGCACAGAUAAACUAUCAUUUACCAGUAAGAACGCUACUCUCUCACACUGACAGCAUUUACAUUUGACAUUUAAUACUGGAUUUCCCCUCUUUCACUCACAUAAAGCUAUGGUUUGUAUCUCAGGAGUGUUAGUCAGACAUUACUGGCGUGUUGAUUAUGUCUUGAAAGACCUAUCAUGAUUCAAAGGGUCAGGAAAACCUUUUCAUUUUAACUUUUCACUUUGGUCACAAUAAUAUAUCUGCUAGGAAAAUAAACAAUGAAGCCAUCUUGUGGCAGAGCAGCAGUAAUGCACUUGGUUCCUACAGAUAAGAGGCAAAAACAUGGCACAACCUUAAAUGACAUUAUACUAAUGCACCAGACCUAGUGUGGAAAUACAGGCGAAGAAGUUGGUAACAUCUGUAUGUGGCUUUGUCCUCCAUGCAUGGAAAUUGUAUUACUCAAUUCACACAGACUGCAGGUAUUACCUUGUUAGUAUUACAAUUUUGUGUUGGGGGAUGUAUCCUCUGAACUAUAUGUCAAUACAGCACGGCAGAAAUGAAUCACAGUCAGUUUUGUUUUAUUAUAAUAAAUAGAAGCCAUCUACCAUUUAUCAGUAUGCUUAUGUUUAAUUUGUCUUUUCCCUUUUCUCUCCUUAGUUAUUUUACCAUUGAUCCCACGGUGCACACCUGGUGGCUGAAAAUGGAGGAUCACGCUGUUGACCAAUCUCAACACAUGACCACCAUUGAAGCCAGCGCGGUACACGUGACCACCUUCACUGAAACAUCCAUGAUGAGUGGUGAAGAAGACUCAACGUCCUCGCCAGACGACGAUCCUUACGACGACACAGAUAUCCUCAAUUCGGCUGGCACCGACGAGGUCACCGCCCACCUGGCUGCUGCAGGGCCAGUAGGCAUGGCAGCCGCUGCUGCUGUGGCGACUGGAAAGAAAAGAAAGAGGCCUCACAUCUUUGAAUCAAAUCCCUCCAUCCGCAAGAGGCAGCAGACCCGUCUGCUUAGGAAAUUAAGAGCCACACUAGAUGAGUACACGACUAGAGUGGGCCAACAGGCCAUAGUACUGUGUGUUUCUCCCUCCAAACCCAACCCAGUGUUCAAGGUGUUUGGUGCUGCUCCUCUUGAGAAUGUGGUAAGGAAGUAUAAGAGCAUGAUGUUGGAGGAUUUGGAGAACGCUCUGGCUGAACAUGCUCCUCCAGGUGGAGAGCUGGCCUCAGAACUACCUCCUCUCACUAUUGAUGGCAUCCCCGUCUCUGUGGACAAGAUGACCCAGGCCCAGCUGCGAGCAUUCAUCCCAGAGAUGCUGAAGUACUCAACAGGCCGAGGGAAGCCUGGCUGGGGUAAGGAGAGCUGCAAGCCAGUGUGGUGGCCAGAGGACAUUCCUUGGGCCAACGUCCGCAGCGAUGUCCGCACAGAAGAACAGAAACAGAGGGUGUCUUGGACGCAGGCAUUGCGGACCAUUGUGAAGAACUGCUACAAGCAGCAUGGCCGUGAGGAUCUGUUGUAUGCUUUUGAAGACCAGCAGAUUACCACAGUAUCCACGACCCAGCACCAUCUGACCGCGGCGCAGAGCAUUGCACACCUCGUGCCCUCACAAACUGUGGUACAGACCGUCAACAACCCAGAUGGAACAGUCUCACUCAUACAGGUUGGCACAGGGCACACAGUUGCCACUCUGGCAGAUGCCUCAGAGCUGCCUGGUGUGACGGUGGCACAGGUUAACUACUCCACUGUGACUGAUGGAGAGGUGGAGCAAAAUUGGGCCACCCUCCAGAGCGGGGAGAUGACCAUCCAAACCACUCAAGCAUCUGAGGCAACACAAGCUGUAGCAUCCCUGGCAGAAGCCGCUGUCGCUGCCAGUCAAGAGAUGCAGCAGGGCGCCACUGUCACGAUGGCGCUCAACAGUGAGGCAGCAGCUCACGCUGUGGCGACAUUGGCAGAAGCCACACUACAAGGUGGAGGGCAGAUCGUGCUGGCAGAGACAGCAGCUGCUGUCGGGGCUCUAGCAGGGGUCCAGGAGGCCACAGUCUUUCCGUCAGGCCUGGUCCAGAUCCCGGUCAGCAUGUAUCAGACUGUGGUCACCAGUCUCGCACAGGGCAACCGGCCCGUCCAGGUCGCCAUGGCACCGGUCACGACGCGCAUCGAUAACACCGUCACUCUGGACGGCCAGGCAGUGGAGGUCGUGACCCUGGAGCAGUGACACUUUGGACCUUGGGAGGAAUAGACGGCGCUGACAUCGGCCACUUCUGAGAUUUGUUUGCCCUACUGUUUUCCACGACAUCAUGCUGUGUAUAAUGUCAAAUAUAUUUUUUAAAUUUACUUCCACAGGGGAGGUAAACAAAAAAAAAGAAAGAAAAAGAUCUAUCAGUGCAUUGUGUUAAAUAUGUAAAGGUUUUUUUUGUUUUUUGGGGGGGGUGUAAGUUUUUUUUCCUUCCUUUCCUUCACGUUUUUUAGAGCCUGUGAUGUUGAGUAUUUAGUAUUUAUUUCCUUCCAAGUAAACCUUUUACUUUAAAGCAAAGACGAACCAAAAAGCCUGGGAUGAAAGCCACCAGUCCUUCAAUGUGUCACCCAUCACUGUUCAGGAUUAUGUACAUUAUCCAUGUGCGCGUACGUUCUGUUUUCAUGACACAUUCACAAGUCAGCGCUAAAGUUAAGUCACUCACACUUUUUUUCUCCUCACGCUAGAUGAUAAAGUAUUAUUUUCAAGUACCAUCCCAUCUUGUCGUGUGCUUUUUCCUUGUGCUGUGUCACAUACGAUUUGUGAAGACUCAGGAUUUAUGUCAAUGGUUUUUUUUCACUGCUGGAUUUCUGAGCAUUGAUAGGAGCAGGUCCUUGGAAUUGUUUUGGGUUGUUUUUUUGUUUUGUUUUUUUUACAUGAACUGGUGUAUGGAUUUGUGAUUGUUAUCACUUUGUACUUUAUAUCACAGGAAGUGGAUCAUGCUUGGUCAAGAACUGCAGUAUUUAUUAUAAAACAAACACAUCACAAAACAAUGUUUUUAAUCCUAUGACGGAAAUAAUUGCUUGCAACGAAUCAACUUAGUUUGUAAAAAAGAAAAAAAAAAGUGUUUUCCUCACUCACCAAACUUCUGUUUUUGAGAAAAUAAAGUCUAUCUAUAGACAGGCUGCUGUUCACCACUCA